UAGGUAGAUUAUAUGCCCUGACGUUGGCAGACGCAAGUUUCAGUCUACAAAUCGCACUUGUCGGAGCAACUACAGGAAAGUAAGGCCUGCAAAGCGGAAAAUAAAAGAAAUAGAUACAAAGAAAAUACUAACUCUUAUAAAAACAAGAACGGAAAUCGUUCAAUUGUGAAAUUCCUGUUUAAUAAAAUGUUGGAAAAUAGUUUAUGGACCAAAGCUGCAAAGAAAUAAAUAAGAAGUGAUUUUCUUUCCAAGUGAAUUUGUUUUGCAAAAAUUAUCUAUAAAGCAAUUAUUAGCAAAUUUAUACAAUUAAUUACUACUUUGGUGUAAUAAUAAAUCUGAAAAGUGUGAACUAAUUUUGUUUUUGAAAUAAAACAGAGUGAAAAAACAGCAAAAACUAUUUAUAUCGUAUUUAAAAAAGAUAACAGCUUGAAGGCCAAUUUCAAAGCCGAUUGAAACCAAAAAAAAAAAAAAAAUGGCGGUCAAAAUAAAUGUGUGAUUGAAUGUAAAAUCCAACGGUCAAUGAUUACUUUUUAUGCUGCUACUACUAAAUAACUGUAGAUAAAACUGUAAUAAAUAACAAAGAAAAAGUUAAAGACAAGUCAGUUAGUCCCACCGACAAACUUCCAGCACAAGGCGGCGCUUUUCAAAUAGCGAUCGUCGUAGUCAUCGAGAAGAAGUUACAUUUUUAACACUUAACAUAACCUACAAACACAUACAGCUAAAAGUUUACAAUAGACAAAGACAAGCUUCAAAAUGCAUAGCCUUGUAAAGGUAUUCAGUAACUUUAGAGAGUUCUAUAAUGAAAUCAAUGGCGCCACACUCACCGGCGCCAUCGAUGUGAUCGUUGUGGAGCAGCCGGAUGGCGAAUUCCAAUGUUCACCUUUUCACGUGCGUUUCGGCAAAUUGGGCGUGCUGCGCAGUCGCGAGAAAGUGGUCGAUAUUGAAAUCAAUGGGGAACCCGUGGAUAUCCAUAUGAAGCUGGGUGAAUCGGGUGAGGCAUUCUUCGUUGAGGAAUGUCCCGCCGAAGAUGCUGAGUCAUUGCCGGCGAAUAUGGCCACCUCACCAAUACCAAGCAGCCAUUUCCCCAGCAAAUAUGACAAUAAUACAAUAACAGAAGACACACUCGAGGGCAAAUCAAAAAUUGCUAGCGAUGACAUUCAACUGCCGCUGCCAUUGCCGCGUCGAAAUUCCAUUGACUUUUCAAAAGAGACCGAAAAGGAAGAUCAAGUGCCGAAAUUUGAGAAUCAAGUCUCAGAUUUUAGCCACAGAAGACACACAGACAAUACACUAGAGCGUCGUAAUCUAACUGAGAAAUUGCACGAGUACACUACACAAAAACUGCGGCAGGAGUGGGCCGAACAUGAGGAGAUAUUUCAAUUUGAAACCGUUGAAAGAGAGAAGGAAUGGAUUGACAGCACUCAAACUGAUCCCAAGUCUCUGCAGAAAAAUGGUGCGGAUACCGCUCCUACACCAGCAAUCACUGUACAAUCACCUGACAAAGAUGAGCUUCCAACAAAAGAAAAUAAAUCGCAGCACGCUGAUAUCAAUACUCCUACCGAAGCGAUCUCCAAUAACGCUAGUCCAAAGGACGAAUCGAAAGGUGGCAAAAAGAAGCGUCGUAAGAAGUCGCAAAUGAAGAAGAAAAAUGCACAACGCAAAUCUUCUUCGAGCAGCUCAAUUGGCAGCACCACGCCUGGAGAGGUUGGUACCAAUGGCAAUGGCUUGAAUGCCGAUGAGGGUGAUGGCAUCUCAAUUUCGAAUAAUACCAAUUCCUCAUCGAAUGAGGAAAUUGCGACAGCAAAGUCAAAUAUCGAACAACAAUCCGCACCGCUAGUCUCCGCCAUGGCCGGUGAUGAGAGUCCCAUAAGUGAGACGUGCCAAACUACACCAAUUACGCCCAACACGCGAAUACCAGAUCUCGAUAUACAUUUCUUCAGUGACACUGAAGUGACACCCUCCGGUGGAGCGAGCAGUUGUGUUGGUCGUGGCAAUGGUCGUCCCUCAACACCUAUACAAAGUGACAGUGAGUUGGAGAUCUCGUUGCGUGAGAAGGAUGUCGAUGUUGAACUUAUGUCCAAUUCGGCAUCGUGGAAAUGGGGACAAUUGCCCACACCUGAUAUCAGUGAGAAGGCUGAUGGCAGCGGUGAUCAGUCCGCUCAGUCGCAGGCUCAACGCAAUUCCAUGUUGAGUGGCAUGUUUAAUUUCAUGAAGAAAACUAAUAAAAUGCGUAAGCAGGCUACCGACGGUGGUGUGUAUUUGUCUGAUUUGGAUGCGGAAGGUAUGGAUCCGGAAAUGGCAGCAUUAUAUUUCCCACUGGCGAAACCUACAAAUAAUACCACAGCAAAUGCUGCUAAUGCGACUACGAGUGCGAAUACGCUACACUCCGGCGAUGACGAUCGUGAAAGUGGCAAUGGCACAAGCCUGCCACAUUCGCCCAGUUCAAUGGAGGGCCAAAAGAGCGUGGAUUCGGAUUAUGAUGAUGGCAAGCUACAAGAUCCAAAAUAUCUGGACUUUGUCGCGAUGUCUUUAUGUGGAGUUAACGACAAGGGCGAGCCUUCAGAUGAAGAGUUCGAUCAGCACCUUAUUAAAUAUUCUGAUGUUUGCGAGAAUCCCAGUCUUUUUGCAUCGCCAAAUCUAGUUGUACGCCUGAAUGGCAAAUACUACACCUGGGCUGCUGCAUGUCCAAUUGUCAUGACCAUAAUAACAUUCCAGAAACCACUUACUAACGAUGCCAUUGAGCAGUUGAUGUCCAAUACUAAACAUGAUGAAACAGUGAAGAAUGAGAGCGACGGUGUCGCCGCCGAUGCUGGCGCACAGUCGAAACGUUCCUGGUGGAAUUGGAGACGUUCACAGGCUGGUGCUGUUCCCAGUUCUAUAAAAAUUGCAAAGUCAGAGGAUAAGGUUGACGAGAGAGACGCCGACCAGGCUGCUGUGGCUACACAAACUACACGUCCCAACUCUCCUGAUAUUAGUGAGAAUACGCUAAGCAAAACCGACUCAACUCUCAAUGCAGAAAAUACUUCAGCACAAGUGGAAAAUCUCGAGGACCUAUCGCAAGCAUCCUCGAAGGCUGAGGGCACCAGCAGCGACGGCCAGAAAAAUGAACGUUACAAGAAGAGCUUACGCCUCAGUUCGGAAGCAAUUAAACAAUUAAAUUUAAAGGACGGCAUGAAUGAAAUUGAAUUCAGCGUUACAACUGCCUAUCAGGGCACCACGCGUUGCAAAUGCUAUCUGUUCCGUUGGAAGCACAAUGACAAAGUAGUCAUUUCCGAUAUAGAUGGCACCAUAACUAAAUCUGAUGUACUCGGUCACAUUUUGCCGAUGGUUGGCAAGGAUUGGGCUCAACUGGGUGUAGCACAAUUGUUUUCGAAAAUUGAACAAAAUGGCUAUAAGCUAUUGUAUUUAUCAGCGCGUGCUAUAGGACAAUCACGCGCCACACGUGAAUAUCUACGUUCCAUCCGACAGGGUGAUGUAAAACUGCCCGAUGGCCCACUACUACUCAAUCCUACAUCACUUAUUUCGGCAUUCCAUCGUGAGGUGAUCGAACGCAAGCCGGAACAAUUCAAAAUCGCUUGCCUAUCCGAUAUACGUGAUCUAUUCCCCGACAAAGAUCCUUUCUAUGCGGGCUACGGUAACCGCAUCAAUGAUGUGUGGGCUUAUCGUGCUGUAGGCAUACCAAUUAUGCGCAUAUUCACCAUAAACACCAAAGGCGAAUUGAAGCAUGAACUUACGCAAACAUUCCAAUCAUCCGGUUACAUCAACCAGUCGCUCGAAGUCGAUGAAUACUUCCCACUGCUGGAUCUCAACACAUACGAAUAUCGCACCGACACUUUUGAUGACGAAGAAGAGGAGGACGAAUUGAAAUUCAGCGAAACGGAUGACGGCAUAGAUGAUGUGAGCCUCAGUGAUGCUGAGCUAGAUAUGGAUGUAGAUGAUAUUUAUCGAGUUGACUACAAUGAAAAAGCGGAUAUGAAUAAUGAGGAUGAAAACGGUCUAUCAUUGAGAUUAGAUGAUGGCAAAGUAACACGUGCCACUGAAGUAUUUGCGCAAGCGCGUAAUACUAUGAUCACAAUUGGCGUGCCUCCAAUUGGAACCAACAACUAGAUAGACACAGGUUCAUUUAACGGCUUUUUAGAGACGAAUGAGUCUUCCAAAAUGAAUUUAGUUACCUGUGGAAAUUAUACAAAGUAUUUUGAAAUUUAUAUAUACUAUAUACAUAAUAUUGCUGUAAUUUUUAUAUAAGACAAACUCGGGGUAAUGGUGCAGUGGAGCAAAGGGUGCUCAAAUUACAUAUAUAUAUAUAUAUGUGUGUAUAUAUAUGCAUAUUGUGAUAAUUGUGAUAAUUUAGUUUUGCAAAUAUUUGUGUGAAAUCUAUAUACACAUAUACAUACGUUAUUGUUGACAGUUUUAUUUAAAAAACUGCUUUGUUACAAUAACAAAGAAAGGUUUUUUUAUAUAUUAUAGAUGAAUAGUUUAAGCGUCGGCUAUAGUUAUGAUAUUUACACAAUUGCUUUUUGGCAAAGACAGACUCUAUGUAUUUUUAAGACCAUAUUGUUUUGAAAGUUGCUUAAAAAAGUUGGGAAAAAUAUAAAGAAAGUAUUCGUUAAAACACAUAUGUAUACAUAUAUUAUAUGUAAGCGUUACAGUAUGUACCUCAAAUACCGUUAGUACUACUGAACUAAAAAUAAUAAAUAUUUGUUUUUAUUUUAUAAAUUAUCUUAUUGUAAAAAAUGAAUCGAUAUUAAAUCCACAAGCUGGACUUGGAUUAUUGUUUAUUUUAUUUUAUUAUUAAUGUUCAUAAACUAUAAUAUUAUUGUUACUGAUUUCGUUUUAAAGUUUUACAUUUAAUAUAACUACAUACAUACAUAAUACAUAUAUGAGCUAGGUAUUAGUUAUUAUGCAUUUUCUUUAAAUAUAUUCACAAAUGCGUAUACUAAAAUUUACAAACACACACACAAAUGUAAAUAUAUGUAUUUGUGUAUAUAUCUCUAAAAGUACAUAACAGAUUCUAUACGAAUAAACGUCAAAAUUUAUCAUU